AUGGCAGGUUAUUUAGGUAGCCUUAAAAGAAAUGGUCAAUUGCCCACCACCAGCCCGUUUCCAAGAGAUCGCUUUUUAAUAGAUGAUGAACUAGAUGAGCGACAUGAUAUUCCUCAACCCAGAUUCACCAGAAUGGCUUCAAGUAACAGCCGAAACGUUCCUGUAACGAUUGUUCGCAAUAAGAGCAUUGAUGAUAUGAAUGAUCAAGUUGUUAAUAUGCUUGAUGAUGUCGAGAAAAGAGUCGAACAGCUAAGAGAAGCUGCGGCAACGUUAGAACAAGAGAAAGAGCAAAUUCUAGAAGUCCUUAAUGAUGUCGUCAUCAACACAGGUCUUCUUCGAUUAGGACAAGGAGAUCGUGAUGACAUAACAGCUAUUACCAAUCGCUUGGCUUCUCGGACUAAAACCGUUGAAGUUGUCGUUAAUACACCAAGAACGGCUGAGCAGCAACAAGCUCUGACCUCCGUGAAUACUAUGAUUGAUACAGUCAUGAAAAAAAUAGAAGACGACAUCAAGAACGGAAAAGAGACUGCCCGCCGAUACCUGAACGCAUGCUCUCCAGACCAACCUGAAGGGCCUAUCGACCAACGGUUCCAAUCAAAAGUUAUAGAGUGUACUGCAGAUGAUCAGAAAAAGGUUCGGAGAAAAUUGACACAGCUCAUAAACCAACUUGAGCGAACUGAAAGAACUUGUAUAGUUCAUCACUUUUAA